AUGGACGAAAAGAAAGCAGCUGGCGGCUCUCCGACCCACUCGUCUUCACCUGGUGACGCUCGAGUCAACACCGAUACCCAGCCUUCCGAGUCCGGUCAGGCUCAUGCCCACUUCAACGCCGAGAAGCUUGACAGGACCUUGACCAGUAUGCGAGCCGACGGCAAGAUCGAGAUCACCGAGCAAGACUGCUACGAUGAGUUAGGCUACAAUUUCUCAUCUUUCAAGAAGUGGACUAUCCUUACCGUCAUCUUCUGGAUCCAGGUCUCGAUGAACUUCAACACCUCGCUUUACUCCAACGGUCUUAACGGUAUUUCGGAAGAGUUUGACGUCAGCCUGCAAGCUGCUCGAUGUGGUGCGAUGAUCUUCUUGGUUGCCUACGCCUUCGGUUGUGAGCUCUGGGCUCCUUGGUCGGAGGAGCUUGGACGCAAACCCAUCCUCCAGCUCAGUCUUUUCCUCGUCAAUGUCUGGCAGCUUCCUGUUGCGUUGGCCCCGAACUUUGCCUCCGUCAUGGUCGGUCGAUUCCUUGGUGGUCUCUCGUCUGCUGGUGGUUCCGUUACUCUCGGAAUGAUUGCCGACAUGUGGGAUGCCGAGAGCCAGCAACAUGCUGUCGCCUACGUCGUUUUCUCCUCGGUCGGCGGUUCGGUGUUAGGUCCUGUUGUAGGUGGAUUCGUUGAAGCCAACCUCGGCUGGCGAUGGACCAUCUGGAUUCAGCUCAUCUUUGGUGGUGCCAUCCAGUUGAUUCACCUCUUCUUUGUUCCGGAGACACGAUCUACCAUUAUGAUGGAUCGUAUCGCAAAGAAAUGGCGCAAAUCGGGCAAGAACGCCAACAUCUAUGGUCCCAACGAGCUUUUUCCCUUCAAGGAGCGCUUCUCUUUCAAAGAAGUCCUCGUCACAUGGAUUCGACCUUUCCGCAUGUUCUUGACAGAGCCCAUCGUUUUGGUUCUCUCGCUCCUUUCCGGUUUUAGUGACGCUCUUAUCUUUAUUUUCUUGCAGUCCUACUCGCUCGUGUACAAGCAGUGGAACUUCAGCACCGUCGACAUCGGUCUGUCCUUCUUGCCUUUGCUGGUUGGUUACUUUAUUGGCUAUGCAAUCUUUGCAGUUGCAAUUGGACAACAGAAAAAGGUCAGGGCGGCAAGACCGGACAGCGAGCACGCGCAAUUUGAGUCGCGUCUCUGGUGGCUGCUUUUUACCGCCCCUUUGCUCCCCGUCGGUUUGAUCGGUUUUGCUUGGACCUCAGUAGGUCCUCCCGUCCACUGGAUUGGUACGAUGGUAUUCGCUGCGCUCAUAGGCUGUAGUAACUACGCUAUUUACGGCUCGACGAUUGACUAUAUGAUAGCUGCCUAUGGUCCCUACUCGGCUUCAGCAACAGGAGGAAACGGUUGGUCUCGAGACUUUUUGGCGGGUGUCUUAACCGUACCUGCUACGCCAUUCUACACCAACAUUGGACGAUCUAAAGGCCGGAAUCUCGAGUAUGCUUCGACCAUCUUGUUCUGUGUUGCUACUGUAUUGGUUGUGGCGGUGUACGUCAUCUACUGGAAAGGACCUGUUUUGCGAAAGCGAUCUCCAUUCGCCCAGCAGCUCGAUGCCGAGCGAAAGGGUGCUGCCACACACGAUGGACACAAAGACCGAUUGACGGGAGCGCCUAAGCGACCAAUGACGGGUCUUGGCUCUCGCAGCAACUCGUACUACAUGUCGCAGAGCGCUGCUUCACGCAACGCUUCUCGCAACGCUUCUCGAAACCCGUCGAGGAACGCUUCGCGAAACGUAUCGCGAGCCAACUCCUUUUUGGCCGACAACAGCAGUAGCGAGGUGCCAGCUAGGACUGCAUAG